AUGCCAUUUAUACACAUUUCUUCUCGUUACGCCCCAUUACUCCAGAACAGAACAAAGUCCAUGAGCUUGCAAAGUGUAUCAAAGCCAAGCAACGCCCUUGAGGGUAUCCAUGGUGUUCAUGUCGUGUCUCAUUCCCCCUUCUCCUACGACCAGACAACUCAUCAAGUCGGUGACUUUCAGACCAACUGCAAAUCUUCAGACAUGGGAUCAAAUCAAAGACUUUUCAUCGAACGUGUUUGGCAACAAAGACCUCCAUGCUUAAGGCCAAUCCAUUGCAGCAUCCAUCAUGGUGACCAGAGUAUCUUAGAAACAGCUGCUAAUGUGGCUACUUCACUUCCUUUCAUCUUCCUCGGAAUGCAGGCACCGAGGAAGAAUCUGAACACGAGAGUGUACGCAAACUCCUUAAUCGGAGUUGGGAUCGCAUCGACUCUGUAUCAUGCUUCUAGGGGAAAACUGAGGAAAUACCUGAGAUGGGUGGAUUACACAAUGAUCGCCACAACAACAAUAUGUCUCUCAAGGGCUAUAAGGAAUGAGAACCCAAAGUUACUGAUGGCUGCAUCAGCUUUAGCUCUACCGUUUCAGCCUCUCAUGGUCUCUGCUGUUCACACCGGAAUGAUGGAGGUUGCGUUUGCUAAAAGAAGCUUAAAGGAUCCAGAUCUCAAAACAGCUCAUAACGUACACAAGAUGUCUUCGUUGCUAGGUGGUGCUCUGUUCAUCGCUGAUGAUUUCUUCCCUGAGACACCUUUCCUUCACGCCGGUUGGCACCUCGCUGCAGCCAUUGGGGUCGGAACAUGCAAUAAGCUUCUUGAGUAGAUCAGAUUUCCAAAACUGUUAUGGAAAGAGUCUCUAUUCUUGGAUCAGAGGAACCAAACUGUUUCUCUGUUACUCCUAAUCAGCCGACAUAACUAAGAAGUAUUGUAGUCACUAGUCAGUAGUAUAUAUAUGUAAGAAGUAGAUGGUAUUGCACGAUCAUGUAAGAGAAUUAUUGAAUUAAGAAAAGCUUGUUGCCAACAGUGAUAUGAAGAACAUUCAGAAAAUCGAUCCAAAAGUCGAAACCAAAAGACAAUUGUAGAGAACAAAACAGAGAGCAAUCAUCAAUUCAGAAACUUCCAGAAACAGAACACUCUUAUCUCUCUCUCUCCCUCUCUCUCUCUCUCUCUCCCUCUCUCUCUCUCUCUCUCCCUCUGCAACACAUCAAUCAUGGAGAGUAGCCAUGAUGUCUUCAUCCCUAUACAAAAAACAUACUCUUUCUCUCCGAGCUUGACUUGAGUACCGCCGAAUUCAGGCAAAAGGACGUUGUCUCCUUCCUUAACCGAAACCGGAAUCAGGUUCCCAGCUCUGUCCCUCGCUCCAGGGCCAACUGCUAUCACCCUCCCGGAAUUCAACUGAGAAGAUGACUCCGGUAGGAGAAUGCCGGAGACUGUCUUCGACGGUUGAAGAAUCUUCUCGACCAAUACACGGUUGAGCGUUGGGAUCAAGCGCUUCGCCAUUUCUCUUCUUAGAUCAGCUACGACGGAGAUCGGAUUACGAAACGUUGAUCGGCUCGAGUAGUUCCGCAAGAUUUUGCUGGUGAAAUGAACUUGCUAGGGUCUAG